AUGUCGGACAUACGAAUUAAGCUCAUUCAGGCGACACAGACGCUAACAAAUUUGAACCUUUACCAGGCAGCGAAAUGGUCAGCUGAAGCACUUAACGGUUUGGAAGCAAUAAGCACAGAUCAAUCGCACUCACAUUCAGACUACAACUUACCACCGCUUGACGCCGACGAGAUCUUCGACCAGGACAAGUUCUUGCUAGCCAAAACAUACUUCAAUUGCAAAGAAUUCGACAGAGCAGCGUAUGUGUUGAAGGACUGUAGGAGUGGGAAUGCUCUCUUCUUAAGACUCUACUCCAUGUUGAUAUCAGCUGAUAAGAGAUCCAUGGAGGAGACAGACGGGAGUAUCAAAGUUGGAUCCAGCACGUCAUUGCUGACCAAGGUGGGCAAUAUCCACCCAGAUGGCAACAAAAUAAGCAAUAGCGGUGCCGGUGGUGGACCCGGUGGGGCCAGCUCUAUGGGCAACGGCUCUGAAUUGAUCGGCGGUACGUCAGAUUUCAAUGAUUUCUUGAAUUCCAAACUUUCCAAGAUUCUUCAAGAAAUCAACAACUACAUAAGUAAACCAAACUCUAAGCCCAACGCAUUUCUUUUCUAUUUAAAUGGGAUCAUCUACAAUAAGAAGAAGAAAUAUGGCAUUGCUCAGACAAACUUAUUUCAUUCGUUGAGGUUGUUUCCUUACAAUUGGUCAUGCUGGCAAGAACUCAUUGCGUCUUUGACUACAUACGAGGAAGCCCUAACCUUUAUUGGGAAGUUGAGGAAAACAAAGAUUUCGUUGUCUUCCAAUAUAAUGUUUAAAUUCUUUGAGGUGGUGAUCUACCAGGAAUUUUAUCAGGAGCUGAAUAUUUUGAAUGAAAACCUAGCAUUCUUACUUGUUAAGUUCCCUCAUUUCAACUUCUUAAACGUUCAAGAGUUUCUCAUAGCAUAUCACAGCUUGGAUUACUUUCAAGCUGAAGUAAUAUUCGACAAGAUCUUAAUUAAUGACCCCUUAAGAUUGGACGACUUGGAUACUUAUUCUAAUAUGCUUUACGUCAUGGAGAAGAAAUCCAAAUUAUCCUUUUUGGCUCAGUUCCUGUCUCUGAUCGAUAAAUUUAGACCCGAGACUUGCUGCAUUAUUGCCAACUAUCAUUCAAUGAAGUGCGAACAUGAGAAGGCUAUUACAUAUUAUAAGAGAGCACUUACGUUGAACAAGAACUGCCUUUCAGCUUGGACUCUCAUGGGACACGAAUUCGUAGAGUUGAAAAAUUCUCAUGCUGCAAUCGAGUCCUACAGAAGAGCGGUGGAUACCAACCCUAAGGACUUUAGAGCUUGGUACGGAUUGGGCCAAGCCUAUGAAGUAUUGGAUAUGCACAUGUAUGCCUUGUAUUACUAUCAAAGAGCUACCAAUUUGCAGCCAUUGGACAAGAGAAUGUGGCAGGCUAUUGGGAAUUGUUACGAGAAGAUUGAUAAACUUGAAGAGGCAAUCAAGAGUUUUGAAAAGGCUCUUCAUAUCGAUAGCUAUAACAAUAGCAUCAACGGUGCGGAAUCUGAAGCUGAUACCGCUGUUGUGGAACCUCACAUAACUUAUAAAUUAGCGACGUUUUCUGAGAAGCUAGGGUUAUGGAAAGAUACUGUGAAGUACAUGAAAAUGUGCUUAGAGCUGGAGUUGGAGUGGGGAAUUACUGACGAGACUUCCAAAGCAAGACUCUGGCUAGCAAGAAGUGCUUUGGAAAAUAGGAGGUUCGAAGAAGCUCUUGCCCUAGCGAAAGAUUUAAAUCAUAGCAAUGCUCACGACAUCGAAGAGGCCAGGUCCAUUGCAAGAGAGGCAAGAAACAGAAUGCUGAGGUAA